AUGUUGGCAAAAGUCCACAACGAUACAACAGAAAAUACUGACGGGACUGGCUAUACUCCAGCCGCCGCAGGUUCUUCCGAUUCUUCGACUUCUCCAUCAGUUUUCUUGCUAUGUAUCUUAACUUAUUAUCCUGCUGGUUAUCGACUGCUAUAUGUUAAUCCUGAAUUAGCAACUGUUUGGAAACCAAGUCAAUACUUUGAUUCUCAUCUUAUUCAAUAG